AUACUACAACGUUCCAGAUUGUUCUUUGAUUUUCAUUUGCCUCUCUUUUGCUUUGUGACUUGACGAGAGAAACGGUUACGCAUCGAUCAAACAUGACCAGAUUGCCAGAAGAAGAGCACCCCAACAAGGCUUUUGGAUGGGCAGCCAGAGACACUUCCGGUGUUCUCUCUCCCUUUAAAUUUUCUAGAAGGGCAACAGGAGAAAAGGAUGUGGCUUUCAAGGUGCUUUAUAGUGGGAUAUGCCACUCAGAUCUUCAUAUGGUCAAGAAUGAAUGGGGCAGUUCCGUCUACCCUCUUGUCCCUGGGCAUGAGAUUGUUGGUGAAGUGACAGCGGUGGGCAGUAAGGUACAAAAGUUCAAAGUUGGGGACAGAGUUGGAGUGGGGUGCAUGGUUGGAUCUUGCCAGUCCUGCGAUAGCUGUACCAACAAACUCGAGAACUACUGCCCGAAAAUGAUACUUACCUACGGGGCAAAGUACUAUGAUGGAACUAUUACAUAUGGAGGCUACUCCAACAAUAUGGUUGCUGAUGAGCACUUUAUAGUCCGCAUUCCUGACAACUUGCCUCUUGAUGCUGCGGCUCCUCUUCUUUGUGCUGGAAUCACAGUUUAUAGUCCAUUGAGAUAUUACGGACUUGAUAAGCCUGACUUGCAUGUAGGUGUGGUUGGCCUGGGAGGGCUAGGCCAUGUGGCAGUGAAAUUUGCCAAGGCUAUGGGGGCCAAGGUUACUGUGAUCAGCACCUCUCCUAACAAGAAGAAGGAAGCUUUGGAAAAGCUUGGUGCUGAUUCAUUUUUGGUUAGCCGUGACCAAGAACAGCUUCAGGCUGCCAUUGGCACAUUGGAUGGAAUCAUCGAUACAGUAUCUGCUCAACACCCUCUGCUGCCUUUGAUUGGGCUGUUGAAGACUCACGGGAAGCUGGUUCUUGUUGGUGCUCCAGAGAAACCACUUGAGUUACCAGCCUUUCCUUUGCUCCAAGGGAGGAAGAUAGUCGGAGGAAGCAUGAUUGGAGGGAUGAAGGAGACUCAAGAGAUGAUGGAUUUCGCAGCUAAACACAGCGUAAAACCAGAUGUUGAAGUUAUACCUAUGGAUUAUGUGAACACUGCCAUGGAGCGCCUUCUCAAAGCAGAUGUCAAAUACCGAUUCGUCAUUGACAUUGGGAACACACUGAAGGCCGCUUGAAGCCGACACCGGUCCAGGAUUUUGGUUUUUUAUCUUACAAAAAAGGGAAAGAGGGCCUGAGCAAAGCGACCUUACGCUAUUAUUGUAAUGAAUAAAAGAAAUUAGUCUUGUUGCCGCUCAAUCUCAAAUUUCCAGUCAAUAAAUUAAAGUCAAAUGUUAACGGGGCAUCCAAUAAGAAUCACUAAAUUCAUGUA